CCCGCGGUCGUCGCGCGCAGCCGUCAUGGCGGCGGAGGAGAAGGACCCUCUGAGCUACUUCGCGGCUUACGGCAGCAGCAGCUCCGGCUCCUCGGGCGAGGAGGAUAACAGCGAGCCGGAGGAAGCAAGCCGCAGGGCCCCAGGUCCUGCGAAGGCGGCGGGCGGCUGCGGGAACGAGGCGGAGAAGCGGCUGCCGGGCCCCGACGAACUGUUCCGGAGCGUGACUCGCCCGGCCUUUCUCUACAAUCCGCUCAACAAGCAGAUAGACUGGGAGAGGCACGUCGUCAAGGCGCCCGAGGAGCCUCCCAAGGAGUUCAAAAUCUGGAAGUCAAACUAUGUACCACCUCCAGAGACCUACACUACUGAGAAGAGACCUCCCCCGCCAGAGCUGGAUAUGGCAAUAAAAUGGUCCAACAUCUAUGAGGACAAUGGCGAUGAUGCCCCACAGAACGCUAAGAAGGCGAGGCUGCUGCCCGAAGGGGAGGAGACCGUGGAAUCAGAUGAUGAAAAAGAUGAGCAUACUUCUAAAAAGCGCAAAGUAGAACCAGGAGAACCAACAAAGAAGAAAAAGUAGAAAACAACAAAUGACAAGAAUUUCUGGACUGCAAAACUUGUUGAAACGGUUUUUUUGGGCAGAUUAAGUUGACGUUUUAAAUUAUUAUGAAACAACACCUCCAUGAAAGAACAUGUUAAUUAAUAAUAAGUAUUGCUGUGGGAACUGUCCACUGUAGAAUUCAUUUUUUUAUUUAAAACUUUAUUUAAAACUCAAGUGGUGAUUUGUGAUUGUGAAAUUGACAACACAUGGAAGCAUUCUGGCUAUCACAGAAUUGGUGACAUGCUUUGAGUUUUGUCACAUGUCGACAUGCCAAUGUUCUAUGAACCUUUUAUAAAGGAAUAUAUUUUUAAAGUAAAUAUAUUGUAAUGUACUGUGAACUUGUAGGGUGCUUUUCAGCAGUGUUUGUACAGUGUAAAUAGAUCAUGGAAAUAAAAUUAUUCAAUAUUA